UCUCACAUUUUCAUCAAAAUCAAAUCUUCUUGUAUAUCUAUAUAUCCGGAUAUCUAAUCUAUAUAUCAAAUAUCAAUGGCAAGGCGGCUAAUCCCAUGUCUGAACAGAGUAUUGGUUGAGAAGAUUAUUCCCCCUUCCAAAACCACCGCCGGUAUCCUUCUCCCUGAGACAUCAUCCAAGUUGAACUCUGGUAAAGUGGUUGCGGUGGGGCCAGGAUUAGUGGAUAAAUCUGGAAAUAAAGUUCCUGUUGGUGUUAAAGAAGGUGAUACUGUUUUGUUGCCUGAAUAUGGUGGUACUGAAGUUAAGCUUGGUGAUAAACAGUAUCAUCUAUUUAGGGAUGAAGAUAUUUUGGGAACUUUGCACGACUAAUUCUUCACGACAAGGAAGUCUUUGACGUGAUCUAGUUUGGUUGUCCUAAUGUUAUAUUUGAGAUAGUAGACUGAUUGGUUGAUGAGUUGCAAGAUUUUGUUCGCUAAAUGAUGUUAUUAUUAGGUCAUAAAAAUGCUCAUAUGCAAUGCAAGAACAUUUGUUGAAAUGCUUA